GAAAUCGAUAAAUUUGCCAUAUUAUCGUUGUAUUACUUCACCGACGUGUGACGCGCUCAUCGUUAGAAUACUAGUAAUUACUCACCCGCCGAACGGGGUUAGUUUCGUAACCUUUCCCGCGCGACGGUCACCUUCGCUCGCAAGGAAAUGGAAUAAAUUAGCUUUUUAGCCAUAAAACUGCACUUUGACCUAUAGUGAAAUUGUGUUUAUGUUGAAUUAGUGUGUCUAUAGUGCUCUAAAUGGCUGAAGGGAAGGUUAACGGGCAUAAAAUCGUGGAAGAUCUUCCACCGGGCGUGAAGGUCGAAGAAAUCGAGAUCCCAGUACCAUGGGGGCACGUAGCCGGGCGGUGGUGGGGUCCGCGAGACAAACAGCCAAUAAUAGCUAUACACGGCUGGCAGGACAACGCAGGAACCUAUGACAACCUCAUACCACUCUUACCUGUUACCACUUCAGUCCUCUGCAUCGAUCUGCCAGGCCAUGGUCUUUCUUCGCAUUAUCCUACUGGUAUGAUUUACUAUAUUUUCUGGGACGGAUUGGUCCUCUUAAGGCGGAUAGUGAAGCAUUUCGGCUGGAGAAAGAUCAGUCUCAUGGGACAUUCUCUCGGAGGUGCUUUAAGUUUCAUGUACGCAGCGUCAUACCCUGAGGAAACGGAACAGAUUAUCUGCAUAGACAUCGCUAGUCCUGCCGUCAGAGAGCCAUCCUCCAUGGUCAAAACUACAGGAUGGGGUGUAGACAAAAUGUUGGAAUACGAGAAUCUUUCUGACGAUAAAAUACCCAGUUACAGUUAUGACGAAAUGAUCGAUAUAGUUGUAGAUGCGUACAAAGGAUCGAUAUCUAGAGAAAAUAGUGAAACGCUUAUGAAGAGAGGCAUGUGCCCUGUUCCGGCGCAUAUGAAGAAGAAGGGAUAUCUCUUUAAAAGAGAUCCUAGGCUUAAGGUGUCUGGUCUGGGCAUGAUGUCGAUUGAAACCGCUUUGGAGUAUGCUUCAAAAGUGAGGUGCAAAGUCUUGAAUAUAAGAGCUUUACCUGGACAAAGAUGGGAAAGGGUAGACUAUUACUUGGAUGUUAUUGAGAAGAUGAAGGAGCGAGCUGAUGUGAGGCUCGUCGAGGUGGAAGGAACGCACCAUAUACACUUGAACGAUCCGAAAGCUAUAGUUGACAUUAUUGAAGAUUUCUUAGAAGAAUAUUAGACUUAGUUUAGACUAAUUACUUUGUGAUAUCAUGUGAUCAGGUUUAGUUUUAAGCUUUGAUCAUUGCUUACUAAAGUUGUUAGGCGUUCCACGUUUAAUACAUCUGUCUCUUAUUGAUAAAUUGAAUAAGAAACAGAUGGAUACCUAUUUAACGUGACCGUUGUGUUAUUUAGAUGACAUUACACAUACUGUAAGACUGCAGAGUUUCUUAUUUGGGUUAAAUUCGUUUUACUGCCCAUUGAGAUUCAUUGCCCAUCAAGUAUUUAACUUAGAACGAAAAUUUGACGAACUAAAUAACCGUCCUUAAAUUUAAUGUCACGGAGAGAGAUUUGUCCUCAAGGCAAAACUGUAGGGAUAUGAUGGUUACGCUCAUAUCGGCUAAGUGGGGUCAUAAUAGUAAAUAGAUGAUUUUACUUAAUGCACUAGAACAUAAAUCAGCUUUAUGUCGCUUACACGCGACUUAAACACCAACUGAAUGAGAAGUGAAAGGUUUAUUUUCAUAUCACAAUGCUGAAAGACAGAUCUUUAGCUCCCUAUGCAUAUUACAAUUCAACCUUUCGAUUCCCAGAUAAUAACAUGACAGUCCGAUUGUGUCAAGUGUUCGAACCAAUCUGUCAUUUUAGCACAAAUUGGUACAAAAAAGGGGAAGUAAAUUGGUCAAUCGAACCGUCUUUUAUUUGGGACAUAAAUUACAGGUUAUAAUAUAUAGUAUAGAAAAUAUUUAAAUAUAGUUGCGUCCAUGUUGGCAUCACUGCAGCAUUGUCAAAAAAAGCUGUAUUUACUUUUACCUUGAAUUGGUUGCAUUAAUUAAUUACAUACUUACAUAUUUAAUGUGUGAAGAAUAGGUUUUAAUUUGACUGGUAUUUAGUUCAGUCACCUACUGAAAUGUUAAUUGUUCUUAUUUAAAUUUUAAAUUAUUUUUUAGUCUCGGGAGUUGAACUCGCGACCUACCUUUUCACUUUAUUUAAAAUUGUAAUUAGACUCUGGCACGGCCAUUUUGUCAGUAGAAAAAGGCAGCAAAUAAAAAAAAAAGUAGGCGCGAAGUGUUGAUAUUCCGUAGAAAAUUUUAAUUGCGGCUUUAUCUUCUGACAUGUUGGGUGUGUUUCAGUAUAGGUGGUAUUCCACCUGUCCAAUUUCUUUGUCCAAUGUCAUUGCGUCUCACUCUCUCAUUAAAGUAAAAUGUGAGACGCAAUGAAAAAAGCAGCAAAUUUAAAAGAUGUAGGCGCGAAGUGUUGAUCUUCCAUAGAAACAUUUUAUUUCGCUCCUUUUUCUUCUGACAUGUUGGGUGUGUUUCAGUAUAGGGUGAUAUUCCACCUGUCCAAUGUCAUUGCGUCUCACUCUCUCAUUAAAGUAAAAUGUGAGACGCAACACACAUUGGACACAGAUAUUGGACGGGUCUCUAUUGUUUCCCAAAUAGUUUUAAGUCAUAAUGUAUUGUUUGUCCGAAUUUUCGUUAGUCAUAAUUGGUUUUUCUCAGAAACGCGUAACUUUUCAGGAUUGCCAUAAAACAAACCUAACCUAACCUAACCUAUCUAUAGAAUAACCUUACGAAAAUCCUGAAAAGUUAACGGUUUCAGUUUUAUGACUAACGAUAAUAUGACAAACAAUACAUUAUGACUUAAAACUUUAUGGGAAACAAAGGGACCCCAUAUUGGACAGAUGGAAUACGGAUGGUAUACUUUAUUUAUGCCAGCUAAUUAUUUUUUAAUGUUGGACAGAUAACAGAUAAUUUAUUUCAUUAUUCAUAUGCAUAGAUAAGUAAAGAAAAGGCGAACGAAUAAAACGAACAUUGAUAGCUUAUAUUUUUAAUACAAUUAAAGUAGUUAUUAUUAAUAUAGAAAAUAAAAAGGUUCCAUCUGCCAUUUUAAAUAAAGUCUUAUCAAUAGCUGCACAAAGUCGAUGUUCCUUCUAAACGUCAGUUGGGACCUUUCUAUUUUUAGCACCAUAAUGUUACUUCGAUCACGAUUUAGAAAUAAAAUGAAAUUAUAUUGUU